GCGAGUGGGGCGCCGCUGCCAUCGCCAGGCGUGGGACCCGGAGCCGAGAUGCUUCCCGGCCCGGGGAGUGAGCGAUGAGGCGGCUCUUGUGCGUGGCCCACGGAGUCGCCUUGGCCGCCGUGCGCUGCGGCUGCGGCCCUUUCAGGCUCAGGAUGUUCUACGCCGUGAGGAGGGGCCGCAGGACCGGGGUCUUCCUCACCUGGAAUGAAUGCAGAGUACAGGUGGACCGGUUUCCUGCUGCCAGAUUUAAGAAGUUUGCUACAGAAGAUGAGGCCUGGGCCUUUGUUAGGAACUCUGUGAGUCCUGACAGUUCAGAAGGGCAAAAGAACAAACAUGUGCAAGAAUCACAAGUAAAAGCCCGCAAGUCCCUCCGUGAGCCCCCAGGUGGAGACAGCGAUGAAAGCACGGAGCCCUGUGCAAAGCGUGUGAAACAGAACACAGAGUCAGCGCCUUCAGUUGGCAAAGACACGUUUUCUUAUAUGGGAGACUUUGUCAUUGUCUACACUGAUGGCUGCUGCUCCAGUAAUGGGCGGAGGAGGGCACGAGCAGGAAUUGGCGUUUACUGGGGACCAGGCCAUCCUCUAAAUGUAGGCAUUAGACUUCCUGGGCGCCAGACAAACCAAAGAGCAGAAAUUCAUGCAGCCUGCAAAGCCAUUGAACAAGCAAAGGCUCAGAACAUCAAUAAAUUGGUUCUGUAUACGGACAGUAUGUUUACCAUAAAUGGAAUAACUAACUGGGUGCAAGGGUGGAAGAAAAAUGGAUGGAGGACAAGUUCUGGGAAAGAUGUGAUGAACAAAGAGGACUUCGUGGAGCUGGAUGAGCUCACCCACGGCAUGGACAUUCAGUGGAUGCAUGUUCCUGGUCAUUCGGGAUUUAUAGGCAAUGAAGAAGCUGAUAGAUUAGCAAGACAAGGAGCUAAACAACCUGAAGACUGAAGAUUGAGACUUCUGCUUCUGAAGUUGACUUGUGCCUUGUGAACAUUAGAGGAAAUCACAGCCCAGGCCAGGGCACACAGCUCAGCAGGGAGAGUGCGAGCUGGGUCUUGGCCCCACCUGCCCGCUUGCACACAGCUGGCCCCGGCUACUAGACGUCUGCAUAGGAACAGUGAUAACCUUUAAAGACUAAGAAGCAUAAAUAAAUCUUUUAAAAAUUUCUUUGGCUCUUUUUGUUAACGCUAUGCCAAUUUAAGAGGUUUGACACAAUCAUUCAUUUACUUAUUUUUCUCUCUUUAUUUAUUGCUUUUGUUUUUAUUUUGGCAGCUGGCCAGUAUGGGGAUCUGAAUCUGCUCUCACCAACUGAGCUAACUGGCCAGCCCCUCAUCAUUUGUUUUUAAAUCUUUAUAUCAUAAAAUAAAAACACAAAAAAUGGCAAAAAAUGUAUAGUUUACUGAAUUAUUAUUAUUGUAAGGUGAAUAUUCUUACCACCACCUCAGUAAGAAAAUUUCAGUAAUCCCCCUUUAUCUGCAGUUGUGCUUUCUAUGGUUUCAGUUGCCAUGGUCUGAGAAUAUUAGAUGGAAAAUUCCAGAACUAAACAAUUCACAGAUUUUAAAUUGCACACCGUUCCAAGUAGCAUGAUGAAGUCUUCGUCCCGCUAUACCCUGCCUAGGGCGUGAAUCUUCCCUUUGUCUAGUGUGUCCACACUGUGUAUGCUGCCUGCCUGUUAGUGACUGCCAUCAUCUGCUCCUGACAUCCAACCAUCGACAUAGUCGUGGCUUGAAGAUCCAGGAUCACCCAAAGCAGACGAUCUCCUUUUGAUGUAUGGUCAGAAGGUCAGUGGCAGCCUGAUGCUACGUCAUAAAGCCUGCAUCCUUCACCUCACCUCAUCUCAUCUCGUGGGCAUUUUAUCACCUCAUGCUGUCACAAAAAGAAGGGUGAGAACAGUACGAUAAGGUAUUUUAAGAGAGAGAAACCGCAUUCACAUAAUUUUAUUAUAGAAUAUUGUUACAACUGUUCUAUUUAAUUAUUAGUUGUUGCUAAUCUGUGCCUAAUGUAUAAAUUAAACUUUAUCAUAAGUAUGUAUGUAUAUUCAGGAAAAACUGUAUGUAUAAGGUUCGGUGCCAUCCACAGUUUCAGCAUCACUGGAGGUCUUAGAGCAUAUCCCCUGCGGAUAAGGGGGACUACUGUACUUUGCAAGACACUCCAGAAGACUCUACCAGGGCCUCUCCAAUCACAGCCUUCCCCUAGCCCCAAAAGUAAGCCUGAGUUUUGUAGAAAUUACUUCCUUGCAUUUCUUUAUGGCGGUUUAGUUUUGUCCACUUUUUUAAAAAACUUGAUAUUUCUUGAGUCAUAAGUCUCUUAAUUUGCAGUUCCCCUCCAUCCAUCGCCUUCCUCACAGUUUAUCUGCUGGGGAACCUGGGCCCUUUGUCUUGUGGGUUCCCACAGUCUGGCUUUGCUGCUGGCCUUCUCAGUUGCAGUUCCGCAUGCUCCUCUGUACUCCGUGUUUCCUGCAAAUUGGCAGCUGGAUCAGAGGCGGGGGCAGACUCAGCUUUGAUUUCUUUGACAAGACAAUGGGUGGUUAGGUGCUCUUGUCAGGAGUCCUUUGUGAUGGUGACAGCUGCUGACGCUCUGCCCAGAUCCAUUCACUAUUUGGGGCUACACAAUGGUGAUAUUCUAAUUCUGUCACUUGGAUGGCAUUUAUUGGUUGGAAUGGUUUUUAAGAAAGAUGCUUCCUUUCAUGUACUAUUUGGUUACGCAGCAGUACAGCCCAAGGAGGAAAGGCAGGAUAAAUGCUUGGUUCCUUGCUUUUAUACACAGUGUCAAGAUAAUGAAUUAGUUCUCUGUCAUCCUUAGAAGGUGAGCAAUGAAAGUGUUUUAUAUAUACCAAGAACUUAUGGACUUAAGCAAUUUUGAUGGGUUUCAAUCCGUUGCAAUUUUUAUCUUUAUUGAACUCAAAUUGUCCCUUCUUUGGCCUGUGAGAGGGACCCUGUUCACGUUGGCUCUUGGGUUUCUUUUGAUAUGCAUGUAUACAGUGUACCUGCACAGACCGCACACACAGUCAUUGCUGUCAGCGGCAGUCUGACAUGCCCAGGUGCUCUAGGCCCUGCUUUUACAUCUCCUGCUCAGAACUGGAACCACUAUUUCUACAAGAAGCUGGUGGAAAUGGUAUUUCAAAUCCAUAAUCUGGGAUGCUCAUUGCUGCAGCAAUGAUCAUUGUUUCUAGGACUUUUCGUUGGACAAAGCUAUUAAAACAAAACAUGCACAUACUUUUGCACAUGUACAGUUAAAGAUAUUUUCUGAGCUCAUAUUGAUAUUCGCAGUACAAAUUCAGGAUUCCAGGGUUUUUACUUAAUCUCUCCUAUUAUUAUGUCUGUGUCUCCUUCUACACUGAGAAUUCUGGUUCUCAAGACACGGGAUGAUGAAACAGAAUAUCCCAUAAUCACUCGCUCAUUUCAUUCCACUUUAACAUGCAGAAUUUCAAUAUAAUACAAUACCAUACCUUUAGUUAUAAUAAUGAAAACAGUACUAUAUCUACAUUGUCAGUCAUUACAUAAUAAAAUCGCUAACUUUUGCCCUCAGUCUUAUUUCUAUGUAUUAAAUUCUCAUAACCAAUCUUUAGGUCAGUGUCAUUUGGGGAACAGUAUUCUCUGAGUUCCCAUAUGUUGAAUUUAGUUUUGCUGGAUAUGUAAUCCUUGGCUCAGAUUUUAUUUCUUUGAAUAUCCUAAAUGUUUUAUUGUUUUCUUCCAGCAUAAAGUGCUGUAUGGAAAGCCUAAUGAAUCUUAUUUUCUUUCCCUUGUAAGUCGUGCUCUUUUUGCUUAGAUGCGUAAAGGAUCGUUUUCUUUUUCUCUUCAGUCAGUAAUUUUAUUGGAAUGUGUCUUGUGUUGGUUGUCCCACGUCAGUAUUUUCAGGUGUAUAGUAUGCUCUUCCUGUGCGUGUUUUCAAAUCUGUUAUUUCAGGAAGGUUUUUUUGAAUUGUGGUUUAUAGUGUUUUUGCCUCUGUUUUCUUCUUUGGGAACCCCUGUUAUGUGUAUGUUGAAAUCUAAUUGACCUCUCUUCAGUAUUUGCUACUUUCAAAUCUCUUUUAUCUCUCUUUCUUUUUGAUUUUUAAAAGUUGUUAUUGUACCCCCUUGCUUUCAGAAACAGCUUUUUUGAGGUGUGAUUGACAGACAAUAAAGUGCAUAUAUUUGACAUGACUUAUGUGUUUACCUGUGAAACCACCAAUGUACCACAUUUUAUUCACCUGUUGACCGACAUGGAUUGUUUUUAAUUUCUAACUGAAAAAUAAAGCAAACAAAGCUGCCGUGAACAUUUA